GGUCACAAAUUUUCAUGUAGAUUAAGAACAAAAUGGACUUGAGACGUCCUGGCCCAAUGCGAACUGCUGCUGCUAGUCGAGACCACACUAAAUAUUGUGAUUUUCAUCAAGAUCACGGCCAUACUACAGAACAGUGCAACAGCUUAAAGUUUGAACUGGAAAGUUUAGCUCAGAAGGGAAUGCUGAAUGAGUAUGUGCAGAGAGUUGAACAGCCGCGAUUUGUCAGAGAGCAGAGGCCGCAGCCUCAAGGAGUCCGCAAUCCCCCGAAUAGACAAGGUGUGGGAUAUCAGCAAGCCCCACCACCGCUCCCACCACCGGCUAGAAUCAUACAUAUGAUUACGGGAGGCCUCGAAGCAGGUGGACUGAGCUCUAAACAGCAAAAGCUGUAUGUUAGAGAGGUUAAACACCAAAACCGAGCUCAGAAGCGAAAGAUUGACGAUGCUGAAUGGAAGAAUCAACCCAUUACUUUCACAUCUGCUGACCUCGACACAGUUGUUACACCCCACAAUGAUCCUCUGGUCACUUCUAUCAUGAUCAACAACUGUGAAGUACAGCGUGUCCUUGUUGACACCGGGAGUGCACCAGACAUCAUGUACUUCCACUGUUUCGAGAGUCUGGGAUUAGAUCCAGCGUUGUUGCAGAAGUAUGAUGGUCCUAUCUACGGUUUCAACAAUCAGCCUGUUCCGGUAGAAGGAGUUCUUACCCUCCAUGUGGCUUUUGGGAGUGGCAGGACCUAUGUAACCCCGUCAGUCCGGUUCCUUGUCGUCAAAAUGGCCUCCUCUUUCAACGUUGUUAUUGGCCGACCCACACUGACUGAAAUCCGAGCUGUGGUUUCCCAGUCCCACCUCUGCAUGAAAUUCCCCACUCCUAUGGGAAUCGCAACAUUGCGAGGAAAUCAAGAGGUGGCCAGGCACUGUUAUAUCACCUCGGUAUCACAACCAACAAAGGGCAAAAAUAAGGUACCCGAGGUUACUCCCCAGCGAAUUCCCGAUAAUCAGCAGGUUAUGGGUGUUGAGAUUGUAGAUAAUCGACCAGAUGAUGAAACCAGAGCUACUCCGGUCGAAGAUGUUGAAGAAGUGCUCGUUGAUGACAGAGAUCCGAGCCGAAAGACACAGAUCGGAACUAGACUGAACCCGGAGGAGAGAGCAGAACUGAUAGCUUUUCUCCGAGCUAACAAUGAUGUAUUUGCAUGGACUUCGGCAGACAUGCCAGGAAUUCCAACUUCAAUUCUUUAUCUGUAUCUGGGAAUUUCAGAUGAGGCCAUUAGUUCAGUCCUGGUGAGAGAGGAAGUCAAGCAACAGAAACCAAUCUAUUACAUCAGCAGUGUAUUACAUGGAGCAGAGCUGAGAUAUCCUAUAGCGGAGAAAGCAGCAUUAGCAGUUGUCACUUCGGCCAGGAAGCUGAGACCAUAUUUUCAGUCACACCCAAUCAUCGUUCUCACAGAUCAACCUCUCAGGCAAAUCCUGCAGAAACCAGAAUGCUCUGGAAGAUUAAUUAAGUGGGCAGUGGAACUGGGGGAGUUUGAAAUCACGUUUCAGCAGAGAUCGACCAUCCAAGCUCAAGCACUAGCAGAUUUCAUUGUCGAAUGCACUCCAUGUCCCUCCACCUCUACUCCAGAACCCAACGAAUGGAUCUUAUAUGUUGACGGAGCAUCUAGCAGCAAGGGUUCAGGGGCUGGAGCUCUCUUGAUUGGUCCAGAGGGAUACCGAAGUGAACAUGCCCUGAAAUUCAACUUUGAUGCGACAAAUAAUAUGGCUGAGUAUGAAGCUCUGCUACUGGGUCUACAACUAGCAUUAGAGUUGAAAAUCAGUGCAAUUCAAGUCUACAGUGACUCCCAACUGGUAGUGAACCAAAUCAACUCUAUUUGCGAAGUCGUUGAUCCUGUGAUGGUAAAGUACGUAGCCUUGGUGGCUGAGCUGAAGUGCAAGUUCCAAAAAUUCUGUUUGAGUAAAAUCCCCCGAGCUGAGAAUGAACAGGCAGAUUUACUUUCUAAGUUUGCCUCUGAUAGCUCUGUAAGCUCCAGAUCUGUUUUUGUAGAGGUCCUAGAUGAACCAAGCUUCAUGAAGCCUCGUGUGAUGGAGAUUAGCACAGACCCUGACACGCCGAGCUGGACCGAUUCGAUUGUCUCCUUUUUACGAGAUGGGAUCGUAUCUGAGAACAAACAGGAGGCAAUGAAAUUGAGGAAGAAAGCAUCUCGAUAUACACUCGUUGAUGGGGUCCUGUAUAAGAGGUGCACGAGGGUGUCUGUGGAAGCCAUGUUGGUGCCAGGACUUUGGCCCACAAAGUCUUACGGCAAGGAUAUUACUGGCCAAACAUGUACAAAGAUGCCACUUGCUUCGUUCAAAAAUGCCCGAAAUGUCAAUUCUUCGCACAUCUAACUCAUCAACCA